AUGGACGACGGAAGGCACCCUCGCAUCACCACCUCAUUUCUGCUCGCCAACUUGCACUGCCCAUCAUGCGUCUCUUCCAUCCAGCAGGCUCUGCGGGAGUCGUCCAGUCACGAUGUCAUCUGGGUCUCACCAAACAUUGUCACCUCCGUCGUCACCAUUGAACACAGACACACGCCAACCCCCGAUAUCACCAUCCGGUGCAUGGCCAAGUCACUUCAAGAUGCCGGCUUCGAGAUCUGCGGUGUCACGACAACGGCUGCCACCGAAUUCGACAUGGACACCAUCACCUUCACUCAGCCCGAAUCUGGUGCUAUGGACGCUCACAACGGCGGCGCCCUCGAUGGCCUGCUCUCCUUCGCCCCGAGGUGGUCCUCUGAUUCACCCGAGGCCCAGCGGGAAGCCCAUCUUCUCAACUGCAAGCAAUGCCGUGAUUCAGAGGACAGCGGUGCCUCAACCGCCGACCUUUUAAACUCACGUGUCAACAGUGUGCGGAGCUCUCUCUACAAUGGUCUCGACAGUGUCACAGCAAUGGCGUCAGGAGGCUCAAAAUGGAGGGUCACCCUCUCUGUCGGCGGUAUGACCUGCGCGUCCUGCGUCAACGCCAUCAGCGAGGAACUCAACAAGCAGGAGUGGAUCGACAAUGCCACCGUCAACCUAGUCACCAACAGUGCCACGGUAGAUAUCAGAGACAAGUCCAAUGCUUCAAAGGUUGCGGAUGCCAUUGAAGACAUGGGCUACGAUGCCAACCUAGACAGCGUCACGGAAUACGCAGAGUCCGGUGAUGAGUACAGCGGAGACGAAGGCGACGAAAAGAAAUGGCGAGCAACUGUGGCCAUUGGCGGCAUGACAUGCGCUUCCUGCGCCAACACCAUCACCGAACAGCUGAACAAGAAGGACUUCAUCUCCAACGUUGCUGUCAACCUAGUGGCUAAUAAUGCCACAAUUGACUUUAUUGUUCAAGGCAAGCAAGACGACAUUGUUCAGUCUAUCGAAGACAUGGGCUACGACGCUACGCUGGACAGCGUAUCAAGAGUUAAGACCGAGGACAAGGGUGCGCAGCAGAGGACUGUGCAAAUCUCAAUCAAGGGCCUCUACUGCCAACACUGUCCCAGUCGAGUAACGCACUCUCUCACUUCCUUCACACCCAGAUUGAAGGUCAUUUCCAAGCCCACUCACGAGAAGCCGCUCGUCACCGUCAAAUAUACGCCGAGUGCGCCUUCUUUUACCAUUCGGCACAUCUUAUCCGCCAUCGAUGCCGCCGAUCCUGCCUUCAAAGCCUCGAUUUACCACCCGCCCAGUCUUGAGGAGCGCUCCAAACUUAUAACGCAGAAGCACCAGCACCAGCUCCUGAGACGGGUCUACUUGACAUUCGUUGUCACCAUCCCGACUUUCAUUUUUGGCAUUGUCUACAUGAGUCUGGUCCCAGACACGGACAAGGGCAAACAUUACCUCAUGAAACCCUGGACCCUGGGCAUCAACCGAGCUCAGAUCGCCCUAUUCAUCCUCGCAACACCGGUAUACUUCUUUGGGGCCGACGUCUUCCACACCAGAGCCAUGAAGGAGAUUAGGAACCUGUGGCGUCCGGGCAGCAAGACGCCCAUCCUUCGUCGAUUCUACAAGUUUGGUAGCAUGAACAUGCUCAUGUCCCUCGGGACUACCAUCGCCUACGUUUCAUCCAUCGGUCAGAUGAUCUCUGCUGCCAUCAACAAGCCUGCAAAGGUUGAUAACACACAGUUCUACUUCGACUCCGUCGUGUUCCUGACCCUGUUUUUGCUCCUGGGUCGUCUGAUCGAGUCAUACAGCAAGUCAAAGACUGGCGAUGCGGUCGAGAUGCUGGGUAAACUGCGACCUACCACCGCCAUCCUCGUCACCAAGGACGCCAUUGGUAAGACCAACGACGCCACCGUUGGCGUGGAUAUGCUCGAGUUUGGAGACAUUGUGCGUGUGCCUCACGGUGCAUCUCCUGCCGCAGACGGUAUUGUGGUGCAAGGCGAGGGCAGCUUCGACGAGUCUAGCUUGACCGGCGAGUCUCGUCUCAUCAAGAAGGUACCAGGCGACGAGGUCCAUGCUGGCACAGUCAAUAAAGACUCGGCUAUUCAGGUGCGCAUUACAGGGGCUGCGGGCGCGUCCAUGCUGGACCGGAUUGUCUCCAUUGUCCGAGAGGGCCAGACAAAGAGGGCGCCCAUGGAGCGCAUCGCCGACGUUCUGACGGCCUACUUCGUCCCCAUCAUCACCUUGAUCGCUGUCGUUACAUGGCUCACGUGGAUGAUUCUCGGUUACGCUGGCGUUCUCCCUGCACAAUACCUCGACACGGACGGCGGCUGGGCUGCCUUUGCACUACAGUUCGCCAUCGCCGUCUUCGUCGUCGCCUGCCCCUGCGGUCUGGCCCUGGCAGCUCCCACCGCAAUCUUCGUCGGCGGCGGUCUCGCCGCCAAGCACGGCAUCCUCGCCAAGGGAGGAGGCGAGGCGUUUGAAAAGGCCAGCAACGUGGACGUGGUCGUCUUCGACAAGACGGGCACCCUCACCGUCGGCGGCGAGCCAAAGGUCACCGACGCGAGGCUUUAUCUCGAGGACAGCAGCCUCGAGCCCAGCAUGAUCCUAGCCACCCUGCGAGCGAUUGAAGAGAAUAGCAGCCACCCCGUUGCCAAGGCCAUUGUGUCCUACUGCACCUCGCAGACGGAGGCCUGGGUCGACGUCGAUAGCCUUCAGGAACUGCCGGGCAAGGGUAUGAAGGCAACGAACCGUGGGGGAAAUCCCGAGGAGGCGUUCGAUAUGAUUGUCGGCAACGAGUCGCUGAUGCGCGAUCACGAUGUCCGCUUCGCCGAAGGCGUAUUGUCCCAGCUCCAGAAGUGGAAGAGCGAGGCUAAAUCGGUCGCUCUGGUCGCUACCAGACCUACUCCUGGUACUAUCGACACCACGGCCAUGGCCACGGCGGACGGUCAUCCCUGGACCCUGGUCGCUGCCCUCUCCAUCUCCGACCCUAUACGGCCCGAGGCAAUCCGCAUCAUCAAAGCCCUCCACGAGCAAGGCACUCGCGUGUGGAUGCUCUCGGGCGACAACGUCGUCACCGCCAAGGCUGUCGCGGACCUGGUGGGCAUCGAUCCGGACAACGUGCUGGCCGAGGUCCUCCCCUGGGAAAAGGCAGACAAGAUCACCUAUCUACAAUCGGUCCUCAAGGCGGGGGCCCGGGGUAGCGAGCACACCGGGAAGCGGGCCAUAGUCGCCAUGGUAGGCGACGGCAUCAACGACUCCCCCGCGCUGACAAAGGCCGACGUCGGCAUCGCCAUUGGCAGCGGCAGCGACGUGGCCAUCUCGAGCGCCGACUUUGUCCUCGUCACGAGCGACCUCCGCGCCGUGGUCACGCUGCUCGAGCUCAGCCGUACAGUGUUUAGGCGCAUCAAGGUCAACUUUGGCUGGGCUGUCAUCUACAACCUUCUGGCCAUCCCCAUCGCUGCCGGGUGUUUGUACCCGAUUGUCAUGAACGGCGGGCAGCACGUGCGGCUCGAUCCCGUCUGGGCCAGCUUGGCGAUGGCGCUGUCUAGUAUUAGUGUUGUGUUGAGCUCACUGGCGCUGAGAAGCAAGGUGCCGUGGCUUGGGUUCCGGGCGAGGAAGAUUGAGUAG